AUGUCUACUCUUUCUGAAGCCUACAGGGACCAUCCACUCCAUCUUCACCAAAUCAUCCCUCUCGACUUUGACUCCGUCCGAGCAGUGCCUGAUUCCCACGUUUGGCCAGAAUCCGGCGAGUUGGAGUCAAAUGAUCACCACUGGUUAUCAAUACCAACGAUUGACCUGAACGAUCCUGAUAGAGCCAAGCUAAUAGGGCAUGCAUGUGAGACAUGGGGUGUAUUUCAAUUGACAAACCACAACAUUCCAUUAAACCUAUUAAAUGAAGUUGAGUUUGAGAUAAAACGGCUAUUUUCGCUACCGGCAAGACAGAAGUUGAAGGCCUUAAGGUCGCCUGGCGGAGCCAUAGGAUAUGGAAUAGCUCGAAUCUCGCCAUUCUUCAAUAAGUAUAUGUGGCAUGAAGGGUUCACUAUUAUGGGUUCCCCUGUGGAUCAUGCAAUGCAACUUUGGCCUAAUGGCUAUCAGCGGUUUUGUGAUGUAAUGGAAGAUUAUCAGAAGAAAAUGGAGGAGCUAGCCACAACCCUAAUACAUCUUAUUCUCCAAAACAUAUCCAUGUCAGAAGAAGAAACAAAAUGGUUGGGUUCACCCGGAGGUUCGAGCACGGCUCUACAGCUAAACUCAUAUCCAAAUUGUCCAGACCCACAUCGAGCCAUGGGUUUAGCCCCUCAUACAGACACUUCUCUUUUGACAAUAUUACACCAAAGCACCAUUAGUGGGUUACAAAUAUUCAAAGAAGGAUUUGGAUGGGUGCUAGUUUAUCCUACUAAUGGUGCACUUGUAGUAAAUAUUGGUGAUCUUUUGCAUAUUCUUUCAAAUGGUCGGUUUAUCAGUGUUCUUCAUCGUGUGAUCAUGAAAGAGCCUAAACAAAGAUUUUCUGUUGCUUUUUUUUACUGCCCACGUACUGAUUUUCAUGUCUUUCCCUUGGGUUUGAGCUCUGGUGAUGAAGAUGAUGAUCAUGGACAAGUUCCUCUUUAUCGGUCCGUCUCGGUGGCCGAGUAUGUUGGAAUUAAGUCUAAGAAUCUUGAUAAAGCUCUUUCUUUGAUUAGAAUUUAGGGUUUUCUGUUUUUAAUUAGUGAAAUCUUUGUAUUUUUAUGUUUAUAUAUCUUUAGUGAAUUUAGAACUUUUUUAUUAAUAUUAUUUUGAAAUUUUUAUUUU